AUGUCAAAUAAUUCAAAUAAUUAUAACGAUAGACGACGGAAAGAACGUGAGAACAUAGGGUUAGUUGGUGUACCAGAAAUUUGGGAAAAAUCACCUCCACAACCUAUUAACAAUUUAGAUACAGAUGACGAAAACAUUUUAAAUCAAAAUAAUCUUGCAAUCGCUCCAAUUAAAUCUCACAAGAAGAGAAAGAAACAAAAAGAUAAAUCAAAGAAAUCAAAAAAGUCCAAAAAAGUAAAAAAGCACAAAGAAUCACAUAAGAAAAAAAAGAAGAGGAAAGUAUCUUCAGAUAGUUCAAGUGAUUCCAGUAGUGAAGAUGAAGAAUGGAUUGAGAAAAAAGGUGCCAAAGAAGCUACCGUGGAUGACAUGGUAGGACCAUUACCAAAACCUAAUGUCACUUUAACUCAAAGAGAGUAUGGUCACGCUCUAUUGCCCGGUGAAGGUGCAGCUAUGGCAGCCUAUGUACAAGAUGGUAAACGUAUUCCUCGGCGUGGUGAAAUUGGUUUGACAUGUGAUGAAAUAUCAUCUUACGAGUCAGUCGGGUAUGUGAUGAGCGGAAGUCGGCAUAGACGCAUGGAAGCUGUGCGUAUUCGUAAAGAAAAUCAAAUUUAUUCUGCUGAUGAAAAACGGGCAUUGGCUAUGUUCAGUAAAGAAGAACGACAGAAGAGAGAAAAUAAAAUUCUUACUCAGUUUAGGGAUAUGGUGAAAAGCAAAACCUCGAAUAAAUAA